UGUGCGCUUUCUCCUCUCUUCUCCUGUGGAUUACAGAUGGGCUUUGUGAUCUCUCAGUGCCGUCUCAUGGAUGAUCGCUCGCUGCCAGUCAUUAGAAUAAAGUACAAAGAGGGAGACAAGUGAGUAUUCAGCUGGAUUUUUACCUAUGAAGGCUUAAGCUUGUAUGAAAACAAGGGUGUCGGAAGUGAAUCUGGAAUGAGAACACAUCGCAGCAGCUUUUUUCCUAUUUAAAAUAACAGAACAUGUAACUCAAUGAUCAAACUGCUGUGUUGUGUUUGGUGAAUGAUUAUCAGGGGGUUAAGGGUAGACACACAUCCUGAGAUUGAUUCAUUCUUACAGUAGCGAACCUGUAUGUUUACAGACCAUUUGCCAAUGAACAUCAUUUACUAAAUGAGGGGUACUGUCUACCUGACAGGUGGCUUGGGCACAAGCGGAGAUUGAUUGAAGUGAUCUGUGUGAAUCCUAUUAAUGCACCCUGGACUCUGGCCAAGGCAGAAGCAAUGGAGGGGAACACCGCUGUCUAGCAGCACUAUCUGAUCUGCACCCUCACUGGACAAACUAAGCACCGUCUGCACUCUCUCUUCAACAACACUCCUCCUCCUCCUCCUUCUUCUUCUCCACCUCCUCCUCUCAACCAGGCAAAGAUGGUACCUCCACCUCCCACCAACAAGCCCCACGUGUGCCUGUCCACCAUCCUGAUCAUGAGCAGCAUGGCACUGAUUGAUGCCUACCUGGUGGAGCAGAACCACGGGCCACGCAAGAUUGGCAUCUGCAUCAUGGUGAUGGUGGGAGACAUCUGCUUCUUAAUCGUCCUGCGUUACGUGGCGGUGUGGGUGGGUGCUGAGGUACGCACGGCUAAGCGAGGCUACGCCAUGAUCCUCUGGUUCCUUUACAUCUUUGUGCUGGAGAUCAAAGUCUAUUUUGUGUAUCAAAACUACAAGGCGGACCGGAAGAGCCUGGACGCUCUUGCAAGGAAAGCGUUGACGUUGCUGCUGUCCGUUUGCAUACCAGUGCUGUUUGUGGUGCUGGUUGCUAUCGAUCAUAUGGAGUACGUUCGCGCCUUCAAGAAGCGCGAGGAGAUCCGCAAUCGUCUCUUCUGGGUGGUGGUGGACUUGCUGGACAUACUGGACAUCCAAGCAAACCUGUGGGAGCCUCAAAAGAAGGGGCUUCCUUUGUGGGCAGAGGGCCUGAUGUUCUUCUACUGCUACAUCCUGCUGCUCGUGCUGCCCUGCGUUUCCUUGAGCGAGAUCAGCAUGCAGGGCAUCAACAUCGUGCCCCACAAAAUGCUGCUGUACCCCAUCCUCAGCCUGGUUACCAUCAACAUCAUUACCCUCUUCAUCCGCGGGGGGAACAUGAUUCUGUACAGGGACGCCAGGGUAUCCGGGAUCCUGAUAGGAAAGAACAUCCUGGCCAUCAUCCUAAAGACCUGCAGCUUUGUGCAGUACAGGAGACAGUUGCAGAACGCUUCCCCUGCCUUCGGGGUAGAGCUGCAGAAAAACUCAGUGGCCCAUGCUCGCCCUGCCCCCAACCCCCCUCAAGUGGUCAUGCAAGACCAGACGCCCCUCCCCGAGGUAACCACGUGUGAGCACACAUGACAGAAUGUUGAGGUGAAUCCUGGAGAUGUCAAUGUGAAUAGCCUCAGGAUGCUGGCAGGGCACAACGUUCCACCCACUUUAGGGCAUGUGAACACUCAUGUGAACACACAGGAGAUCAUGUUCUCCACGGAUGCUUAAUGGCACACAAGACACUGCAGACGCUUAGCGAGGAUAGACAGUAGAGCAGUGCUGUAUCCAAAGCUGUUGUGGUGCAAAAUACGGCAUCAUUUGGGACUUUGUUAAAGCAUUUCCUUCAAUGAAGUCAGUGUAUUUUUUUCUAAUUGUACAAAAGAUUAAAAAAAGGCAACUACUGCAAGAUUAGAGGAUAUAUUUUUGAAUUGUAUGUGUUGCAUUCUAAUCUUAAACUUAAAGGUCUGUGUGCUGUGGUGUGUAUUUCUGUUGCUCGAAUGUUCUUAGUAGUCGAGGGCUCGAACAA